AAAUGAAAAAGCAUCAAAAUCUAAUCUGCCACGUCACCACCAUAAUAAAUUCAAAAAGCAUCAUCCAAAAACAGCAUCACCACCACCAUGAUCAACAACACCACAAACACCAACCAAAAAUCUCACUCUCCCUCUUGUUGUCAUAACUCAUAACUUCCAAUAAAUAUUUUAUUCCAAACUCUGAACAAAUAAAAAACCCAAACCCUCACUCAAACCUUUAUUAUAUUUCUUCAACAAUCAUUCACCAUCAUCUCUUCACUAAAGUCCAAACCCCAAAAAACCUGGUACUUUAUAUAUCAAUUUUUCAAUACCAUUAUUUUAUUCCCAGGGUGCGUCCAUUUCAUAAUAAUAACAAUAUUUUUAAAUUAUUGCUAUUAUUGGCGAUUGAUAUUAUUUAUCUAUUUAUUUAUAUAUAUGGUUGCCGGCGAUGCCGACGCCGGUUAACACAGCGAGGCAAUUUCUAACCGAAGAAGCGGCGCGUGCACUAGACGACGCAGUAACAGUAGCACGCCGUCGCAGCCACGCGCAAACAACAUCACUCCACGCCGUCUCAGCCUUACUAUCGUUACCGUCUUCCUCCCUCCGCGACGCAUGCUGCCGUGCUCGAACCAGCGUUCGAUUAACCUCACAGCCAUCAUUCUCGCAACGCCUUCAGUUCCGAGCGUUAGAGCUUUCCGUCGGCGUAUCUCUCGACCGAUUACCGUCUUCAAAAGCAUCGACUGCGACGGAGGAGCCGCCGAUUUCAAAUUCUCUCAUGGCCGCAAUCAAACGGUCGCAAGCAAAUCAACGCCGUCAUCCGGAAAGCUUCCAUCUCUUCAAUCAGCAACAAGGAACUACGUCGUCUUUGUUGAAAGUUGAAAUCAAACACUUCGUUUUAUCGAUUCUUGAUGAUCCAAUCGUGAAUCGCGUUUUCACUGAAGCCGGUUUUCGAAGUUGUGAUGUUAAACUCGCUUUGCUUCAACCACCGGUUCAAUCCUCUUCCCGGUUUUUUUCUUCUCGAACUAUUUCCCCGCCGGUUUUUCUUUGUAACCUUGAACCGGGUCGAACCGGUUUAACUUUCCCUUUAGGGGGGAUAGAUGAGACUUCAAGAAGAAUCGCUGAGGUUAUUAUGGUAAAAGAAAACGAUAGAAAGAGAAACCCUUUGUUGUUGGGUGUUUAUGCAAAAAGUGCUUUUAAGAGUUUCAUUGAGUUGUUACAAAAGGGUAAAGGUGGUGCUUUGUUUCCUCCUGGUAUGGCUGGGUUAAGUAUUGUUUGUGUUGAUAAAGAGAUUAUUGAGUUUGUGAAACAUGGUGGGAGUGAAGAGAAGAUGGGUUUGAGGUUUAAGGAAUUAGGUUGUGAGGUGGAGAAGUGUUUGGGUCCUGGUGUUGUUGUUGGGUUUGGGGAGAUUGAGGUUUUUGUUGGGGAUUGUGUGAAUGAUGGUACUGUAAAGUUUGUUGUGUCGGAGUUGACUAGAUUGUUGGAGGUUUAUGGCGGGAAGGUUUGGUUGAUGGGUGUGGCUGAAACUUCUGAUGCUUAUUCUAAGUUUUUGAGUUUGUUUCCAUCUGUGGAAAAUGAUUGGGAUUUGCAUUUGCUUACUGUGACAUCUGCUACUUCUUCAAUGGAAGGACUCUACUCUAAAUCCAGCUUGAUGGGGUCCUUUGUUCCCUUUGGUGGAUUCUUUUCUACACCUUCUGAAAGCAAAAAUCCCAUAAGCUCUUCAAAUGUAUCUUUUACUCGUUGCGAUAAAUGCAAUAAAAAGUAUGAAGAAGAAGUUGCCGAUGUUUUGAAGGUAGAUCCUGCUACUCUAGCAUCUAGUUUGUGUUCAACAAGCUUGCCUUGGUUGAAAAAGGUUGCUGAUGUGGAUACACAUGGAGGACUGGAUGUGGCAAAGACUAAUGAAGAAAGUACAAGCUUGAAUGAAAAGAUAUUGGGAUUUCAAAAGAAAUGGAAUGAUAUUUGUCAACAUCUUCAUCAAACAAGGUCUCAAGUUCCAUCGCUUGAGGUUUUACGGUAUGGUUCAAGUUUUAAGGAAAGCAGCAGUAAAGAUCCAUCACUUAAUGAACUCCAAUGUUCCAGUCCAUUUUCCUUCAUGCCUAAAGAGUUGCAUGGUACUUUUCCAUCAAAACAGCUAUCACCUAUUCCACUACAUACUGAUACAGUCAGUGUCAAUGUCAGAACUGAUCAUGUGCCGAAAGUUUUAGAGACUGAGCAAAUUGACGGGGAGACUCCUUCGGUUGCCUCUUCACGUAUGGCCAAUAUGAAUGUGCUUGAUCAUAAAUCAUCUUCAUCCCUAACUCCGGUCACCACAGAUUUAGGAUUGGGAACUUUGUAUACAUCAACAUCAAUUCCUUGCAAGCCCGUUAGCCCAAAAUUUCAAGCUAGAUCUUCCUGCUCUUUUUCAAACUUGGCAGAAAAAAUGGAUUCAGUGGAUUUUAAGUCUCUUAAUAAACUUCUCUUUGAAAAGGUAGGCUGGCAGGAUCAGGUCAUAUUUGAUAUCAACCGAACUUUGUUCCUUCAUAAAUCUGGUGAAGGAAAGAGUAGAGACUCGCAUGGUAGAGCAGACAUAUGGUUUGCUUUCCUCGGACCAGAUAGAAUUGGAAAAAGGAAAAUUGCUUCGGCUCUUGCAGAGACUAUAUUUGGAAAUUCAGAAAGAAUAAUCUCUGUGGACCUAGGCUUCCACGAUAUGUUUUACCCAUCAAACUCGGUUUUUGAAUGCCAAAAAUCAGUUUGUUAUGAUGUGUUUAUGAGGAAGACAGUGGUGGACUAUAUUGCAGGGGAGUUGAGUAAAAAUCCCCAUUCUGUCAUCUUUCUUGAGAACGUAGAGAAAGCUGAUUUUCUGGUGCAGAGUAGUUUAUUGCAGGCAAUAAAAAGAGGUAGAUUUCCAGACUCACAUGGAAGGGAAAUUAGCAUCAACAAUGCAAUAUUUCUUUUAACCUCGACAAUCUGUAAAAGCAACAGCUCUUCUGCUUUGGAAGAGGAUAAAUUGUUUUCUGAAGAAACAAUUCUCAAAGCCAAAAGAUGUCAAUUGCAAUUAUUACUCGGGGAUUCAUCAGAGGAUGCCAAAAGGAGUUGCAGUACAAAUGUCAAGAUUGUGCCAAUAAAAGGGUUUUCCGAAUCAUCAUUUCCAAAUAAAAGAAAGCAGGCUGAUACUAGUGACUUCAAAGAGGGAACAACAAGCAGUAAGAUGCAAAAACAGGUAUCCAAGAAAUCAAUGUGCUGUCUGGAUUUAAAUAUGCCUCUAGAAGAGGGCGAAGAGGGUACAGACGACAACGAUCAUGAACACGAGAAUGUAGCAGAAAAAUCAGACUCCUGGUUUAGUGAUUUUUUCAAUCAAAUGGACGAAAAAGUUGUUUUCAAGCCAUUCAAUUUUGACGUGCUCGCUGAACAAUUGAUAAAAAACAUUAGCAAAACAUUUCAAAGGACAUUCGGUUCAGAGUUUCAGUUAGAAAUUGAUUACGAGGCAAUGGCACAGAUACUUGCAGCUUCUUGGUUAGCAGACAAGAAAAAUGCAGUGGAAAAUUGGGUUGAAAAUGUUAUUGGCAAAGGCUUCGUUGAGGCUAAGCAGAAAUACCACCCUGCAACUAAAUAUGUCAUGAAACUAGUUAACUGCGAAUCGUUUUUUGUGGAAGAACCAGCUCUUGGAGUAUGCCUUCCAGCUAGCAUUAACAUAGAGUAAAGUUUUGCUUACUGUGUGUUAUUGUAAUUACAUGUAAAAUGUAGCUUUUAGAUAUGACUUAUGGUAGUUGGUAGCAGUAUUCAGCUGAUUAAUCUCACAUUUUUUGUUGUGCCAAUCAUUGUGUUAUAAUCUAUGUGAUACUAGAAUGUGUAACUUUCUAUGGUAUACCUAGUUAAACAUGUCUUUUCUCUUUAUC